AUGUCGAACAAGCCGCUAGACUCGUGGGAGGAUGACCCCGCCGCACAAGACGACAACCUGUCCAGACAGACUCAGCAGAGCCUGAACUUGAGCAAUCAGCCGCAGCAAUCAUCCUUCCGUCAUGGAGUUUCGUCAUUCCAACCGGGUGCGGCUUCAUUCCAACCCGGCCAACAAUUCCAGCAAUACGGAUACCAACAGUACGGCCAAGGCUACCCACAACAAAACUAUGGGUUUUAUCAGCAACAGCCGUAUGGCCAGUAUAACCAAGGCUAUGGUCAGCAAGGAGGGCAUGGUCAGGCCUAUGGUCAACAGUAUGGGGGCUACAACCAGAAUACUGGCCUUCCCCAACAACAGCACCAGCAGCAGCAACAGCAACAACAACAACAACCGCAGCAGCAGCAGCAACAAUGGCGCCCGCAGUCAAUUGCUGAACGACCUAAUGCUGGCGCUCCCACCGCCCCCAAACAGGCCCCUGAGGCUGUGAAACCGAAGAUGACUGCUACGGCAGAGCCAUCCAAGGCAAAGGUCCUGUCGAUCGGUGGAGAUGCUAUGAAACCCAAAACCCCAACUUCAUCUACAGCUGUUACACCUACCCCGCCUUCUUCCGGCAUAUCUGUCAGCGAAUCACAAAAUGCGAAUGGUCCGUCGGCAGCCAUCGCUGCCUCGAAGGUUACCGCUGCUAAAGCGAUUGAAAAGACUGACAAAAAGGGCAUUUCCAGUGGCAAGACAUCGCCCACACCAUCCUCCGGGCGAUCUUCUCCUGCACGUGGCGGGGAAACCAAAACUGCAGCUCGUGAUGCCGACGCUAUCGCCAAAGAGCAGGCAGCGGAUGUCGAUGAAGCUACGCUUAAGGAAAUUUAUGGCGAAAAACGUGAACACAUUAAUUUAAUUUUCAUCGGCCACGUUGAUGCAGGCAAAUCCACUUUGGGUGGAAGCAUCUUAUAUGCAACCGGUAUGGUGGAUGAACGAACCAUGGAUAAGUACAAAAGGGAGGCUAAAGAAGCGGGACGUGAGACAUGGUACCUGUCGUGGGCUCUAGACUUGACAAAUGAAGAGAGAGCUAAGGGGAAGACUGUUGAAGUUGGUCGGGCCUUUUUCAAGACCACUGGAAAUACACCUGAUGGUCCAGUAGAGCGCCAUUAUACUAUUCUCGAUGCGCCAGGCCACAAAUCCUUCGUCCCAAAUAUGAUUGGUGGUGCCUCGCAGGCUGAUGUUGGUAUUCUUGUUAUCUCCGCUAGAAAAGGCGAAUAUGAAACGGGUUUCGAGCGAGGCGGUCAGACCCGAGAGCACGCACUAUUGGCUCGGAAUUCAGGUGUGAAAAAGCUGAUUGUGGCCGUCAACAAAAUGGAUGACCCUACUGUUGAAUGGAGCAAAGCCCGAUAUGAUGAAUGUACAACCAAAAUUGGCAAGUUCCUUCAAAGCAUGGGUUAUGCCAAGGCGGAUCUGCACUUCAUGCCCAUUUCCGCGCAGAAGACUAUUGGCAUAAAUGCGCCCGUUCCCAAAGACCUUGCGCCCUGGUUCGAUGGUCCCAGUCUUCUUGAUUUCCUCCACAACAUGAGAAUGCCCGAACGUAAAAUCAACGCUCCCUUCAUGAUGCCAAUCAGUGCAAAGUACCGUGAUAUGGGAACUGUUGUUGAGGGGAGAAUCGAAUCAGGUGUUAUAAAGAAGGGCUCCUCGUAUAUUAUGAUGCCCAACCGCGAAGAAGUCACAGUUACGGCGCUGUACGGUGAAACGGAGGAUGAGAUUGCAACGGCAACAUGUGGUGAUCAAAUUCGGGCUCGACUUCGGGGUGUUGAGGAAGAAGAUAUUAUGCCAGGAUUUGUGUUGUGUUCUCCCAAACGACCCGUCCACUGUGUUACUGCUUUUGAAGCGAAGAUCAGAAUUCUUGACCUCAAGAGCAUUCUCACGGCUGGAUUCAACUGUGUUCUCCAUGUGCACGCUGCCAUUGAAGAAGUGACCUUCGCCGCGCUGUUACACAAACUCGAGAAGGAAACUGGCAGAAAGAGUAAGAAACCACCUCCAUUUGCAAACAAAGGGCAAACCAUCAUUGCCCGGCUAGAGACCAUUGGGGGAGCCGGUGCCGUUUGUGUAGAGCGAUUUGAGGAUUACAAUCAGCUUGGUCGUUUCACACUUCGUGAUCAGGGACAAACCAUUGCCAUCGGCAUGAUCACUAGGCUAAUUACCACGGACCAGGCAACAGCAGCGUAA